UGUUAUCCUGGUUCAAGAUAUAAGGAUCUCUAACCACACUUUUCUAUUUGGACUAGAAGAUGCACAAAGACUUCAGAAUUCCAUAUAUGAUUUGAAAAAGCAUUAUUCCUUACAAAGAUGUUCAGGCUGUGGCGUAUCUCCUUUAUAUGUUGUCUUCUCAUCCAAGCUCAUUGCGUUAGUAGCGCUAGAAGUAAGGGAGCUGUAUUACGACUGGCUAAAGGAGCAUUAAAUGAUGCUGUUUCUGGACAAAUGAAAGGAAAGACUUCCCAAAACAACCUGAAAGUCCCAUCGGGUAGUGGUGGUGGGGACCUUGUGGGAGGGCUGGUUGGUGGACUGCUUGGUGGCGGAGGACCAGGUGGUGGUGGACUCUUGGGUGGUGUGUUGGGAGGUGGACAAGGUGGUGGCUUAUUAGGUGGUGUGCUUGGUGGAGGAGGGGGUGGUGGAGGUCUUUUGGGGGGAGUUCUUGGUGGUGGUGGUGGUGGUGGUGGAGGUGGUGGUGGAGGUCUUUUGGGGGGAGUUCUUGGUGGUGGCGGUGGUGGUGGAGGGCUUCUUGGUGGUCUUCUUGGAGGCCUUCUUGGUGGUGGAGGAGGAGGUGGCAAUGGUCCAGGUCCUCACAAUAAUGGUGGCAUCCUAGGAAAUGGAGGAUUGCUGAAUGGACUGCUUGGAGAAGGAGGUCUUCUUGGAAUACUUGGCAAUGGAGGGAUCCUAAACACAGUCCAGGGGAUAACUGGCCUAAGAAUUAUAGACCUUACUCUUCCACAAGUUUCUUUACGACUCCUGCCAGGAAUUGGUGUUCAUCUUAAUUUAUAUACAAAAGUGGCAAUUAAUGGUAACAGCCUGUUAGGAUUCCUUGAUAUCUUGGUUGAAGUAAAUAUCACAGCAAGAACAAGACUAACGCAAGAGACAACAGGAGUUCCCCGUUUGGUUAUUGAGGACUGUAACGCACUUCUGGGUGGUAUAAAUAUCAGGCUACUAAGGGGACUGCUAUCAGGGAUUUUGGACGGACUUGUCAGAAAUCUUCUUCAAGGCAUUUUACCAGGAGUGCUAUGCCCGGUGUUGACCGUGGUGCUAGAUUUGACCAAUGGCCUUCUACUGUCAGUAAACUCAAUUGUUCCUCUCGGCUUAGUUGGCAGUAUUCAGUAUACAGUAUCAAGCCUCCCCAUAAUAACUGGGCAAUUUAUUGAGCUGGAUUUGAAUACAGUAGUGAGUCAGCUGGGUGGUGGACUAAUUGAUUACCCUCUUGGUCAUGUUCAACAAAUCACUUUACCACCAAUGAAAGAAGCAUCUGAAAGCCAGCUGGGCUUGUCUGCCAAUUUCUUGAGUAGUGUGCUCACUGCUUUACAGAAAGAGGGUCUAAUGGAUCUUGAAAUAACAAAUGGAGAUAUACCUGGAAUCCCCCCUCUGACAACAACUUUUAUUGGUGGAAUCAUUCCAAAGGUUGCUGCUAUGUAUAAAGAAGAAAGACCACUGGUGAUGAAGAUUUCAGUUUCCAAGGCUCCAAUGGUGAAACUGGAAAAUAAGAGGGGCAUUGUGAAAAUGUUUGUGAAAACCGAAGUCCUUGUCUCUAAUGUAGAGGGCUCCUUGACGCCCCUCUGUGUUCUUGGUGUGGAUGCACAGUUAGAGGCCAAGUUUUCUGUUGGAGGAGAUAAACUAAAGAUAUCCAUGUCUGUAGACAGCAUUCACCUUUCAUUAACCUCCUCUUCAGUUGGGCGUUUUGAGGUCUCUACACUAGAGGGAUUAGUUGGGAACAUUUUCACCUUGGCUUUUCUGCCUUCAAUUAAUACUAUUGUGGGGAAUGGUAUCCCCCUUCCAAAUCUUAUGAAUAUAGACUUUAAUGAUGCAGAAGUUGACAUUUUUGAUGAACUCGUUGUAUUAAACUCCUAAUAUGGAAGGUAAACAUGUUACCUUACACCCAUUACAGAACACAAAUGUAUUGCAAAUCAUCUGAAUUAAUAUCUAUGGACGGCGUCAUCCAGGGAGAAUGGGCUCAAUUGAGAAAACCUGCAAUAUCAAGUGACACAAAUGCAAGAUUGUGAAAACCUGUUUAAAGAAAGAAAUCAGUGACUGUCUCAGACUCCUUCCAAUAAAGAAUUUCACAGUCUUUAA